GCCACGGCGCUCAUCCAUUUUUGCGCUUCAUUUGAUUCGGGCUUCUCGAUCGAGUCGAUUCCGCUCGAGUCACGGUUCAAAUCCGGGACGUCAGAUCCUGACACUGCCACCCGGCCGUCAGCACCAACGACGGCCCACCUGCAUGCCGCACCGACCCAUCCCUCCUGACUCUCCUGGACAUCAACACCCUGCACAAAGCACCAGCACAUCAACAUUUCGCGGCACUCACCGAACUGAUUUCGCGCAUAAUUCUUCACCGCAACCAUGGCCAACGACGAAUACGAUUUCCUAUUCAAAGUGGUCUUGAUAGGAGACUCAGGUGUCGGAAAGUCGAACCUCCUCAGCCGAUUCACUCGCAAUGAGUUCAACCUAGAUUCCAAAUCGACCAUCGGCGUCGAGUUCGCGACGAGGUCAAUCCAGAUCGACAAUAAGACGAUCAAAGCUCAGAUUUGGGACACCGCGGGCCAGGAACGGUAUCGCGCCAUUACCUCUGCCUACUAUCGCGGCGCUGUCGGCGCGCUGCUCGUCUACGACAUCAGCAAGAGCCUCUCAUUUGAGAACGUGACCCGGUGGCUGAAGGAAUUGCGGGACCAUGCGGAUAGCAACAUCGUCAUUAUGCUCGUGGGUAACAAGACCGAUCAGCGGCACCUGAGAGCCGUGCCGACAGAGGACGGCAAGAACUUCGCGAGCGAGAACGGGCUUUCAUUCAUCGAGACAUCCGCGCUCGAGGCUACCAACGUCGACCUUGCCUUCCAGAACAUCCUGACCUCCAUCUACCAAAUCGUGUCGAGCAAGAGCCUGGCUGAGGAAGGAGCAGACGUCGGCAAGAAGUUCGAUCCAAGGGAAGGGAACAACAUCACGCUCAGUCAGGAAGGCGGCAAGGAGGAAGCCAAGGGCUGCUGUUGAUUACUGGUUCUGGCAUGAUUGCUCAUGUCGUCACUUAUGUCUGAUACGAACUGGGGAAAUUCUUACGGCACGGGGGGACACGGAUCUGCUAAACCUUGGGAUGUUGGCGGGUGAAUUCUUUGAGAGGUUUAUU